AAAAACUCAGAUUGCCCUUGAAUACGUUUAUCAGCGCAUCAGCAUGAGCGAUUGUCAUGUUUUCUGGGUGCAGGGAAGUGGGCUAUUGAAGUUUAGCGAGGGCUUUAGGGAUAUUGCACAAGCUGUUCCGCUUCCUCUAAACAGCGCCGAGCCAGAUGAAGAGGAAUUCCUAAUGGGUACAAGGAGGUGGUUUGAAGGCGCAAACAGUGGUGACUGGAUUCUGGUUAUCGACAACGCCGACAACGACGCCGAUUUUACCGGAAACAGCAGCCCCGUCGCUAAGUAUAUCCCACAAGGUACCAAAGGGACCGUGAUAUUCACGACUAGAUCUAGACAGGUUGCAUCCCGGCAGGGUUGCAGAAUGAUUGAGGUUGGAAAAAUGGAGGAGGACGAUGCACAAGAGUUGUUUUCAAAACGCUUUACUGGCUGCAAUAGCUUUGAGGGUGAAGAGAGCAAGGCCGUCGCAAUGAUCCUGGAAUCGUUGCAUCACCUACCGCUAGCUAUCAUAGGUGCAGCAGCCUUCAUGACCGAGACUGGAACACCACCCUCCGCUUACUGGACUAUUCUCCAGGAUAGUGACGAACAAGCGAAGAGAUUACUUUCGCAGCGGUUUUGCGACAUUCAACGCGAGGCUGAUGUGACAGAAACGAUCCUCAGCACCUACUUUAUCACCUUUGACCGAAUUAACAAACAAAUGCCCGUAGCAGCGCACCUUCUGCGGCUAAUUGCAUUCCUCGAUCGUCAAAAAAUACCGGAGGUGCUGUUGUGCCAAAGCAGCUUGGAGGGGACGAAUGACCCAGUUAAGUUUCGUCAGGCCGUGGGAAAGCUUUUGGGAUUCUCGUUGGUCGCGAUGACUAACGUGGAGGGGGAAACAUUUUACGAGCUACACCGCUUGGUCCAACUAUCUUUACAAGUUUAUUUACCAGCUAAGGAGUUCAAAAAGGCGAGGGCCACUGCACUAAAGGUGGUUUCAAGACUCUUUCCUCAGGACCAGAGCGAGCGGCGAUAUGCUGGUCCUGUAUACGUUCCGCAUGCACUUGCUGUGACUAAAGAUUCCACGGAUCCCAUUGCCGAAGAGCUUAGUUUUCGCAUAGGACA